UGUGUUUCAACCGAGAGAAAUUACCAAACGGACCGUGACUCACGUUGGUUAAGGGUCAAAUGUUUUGAGGAUGUGCUAGUAGUUUCAUCGAAAUGUCAAGUUUCUCUAGAUCUGCCCAGCAAUGGGCGACCUUUGCUCGUUCCUGGUUCCUGAUUGAUGCCAGAGUGCAGCCUCCUGGAAAGAUCGCAACCAUGUGUGCUGUUAGAUUACAGGGGAAACACAAGCCUAUCUACCAUGCACUGAGUGACUGUGGUGACCAUGUAGUAGUAAUAAACACCAAACACAUAGCUUUCUCUGGAAACAAAUGGGAGCAGAAAGUCUACUCAUCACACACGGGGUAUCCAGGUGGAUUUAAACAGGUCACAGCUACCCAGCUGCACCAAAAAGACCCAAAAGCUAUUGUGAAGUUAGCGGUUUACGGUAUGCUGCCAAGGAAUCUGCACCGCCGCACCAUGAUGCAACGAUUACACAUCUUUCCUGAUGACGAGCUGCCAGACGACAUCCGAGCCAACCUGACGGAGGAGCUGCCGCAGCCCAGGGAAAUCCCCAGGAAACUCAGCGAGUACACGCAGGAGGAGAUAGACGCCUUCCCCAGGCUGUGGACACCACCUGAAGACUACAAGAUGAAAUGAAAUGAAGGCUGUCCGACGUGACCCAAGCACGCAACACUGAAAGCAACAGCAUCCGCAAUUAUAUUUUUCGUUACGAUGCUAAAAAUCAGAGCCCUUUUAUAGGAUCUGCGCUGGGAUGUUAUCUGUUUGAAAACGCAAGUCAUAACCGGGAUGCCAUCAUCAUCAACACAAACUCUGUGCUCCUACACACAAUAUGCCUCGCUGUUAGUUGUAUUACCCUCAACAGCAGACCUGAAUUAUCCAGAAACAGCUUGAGAUUUCACCAUGUGGCUCAGCUCUGAUCAGAGAAAAUCCGAUUCUGUGAGUUUUCCUCUCAUUAUACAACCAUGAAAUGAUCCGAUUUGGCCAAUAUAAAUGACAUCUGUUAGCCGGUCCUGCUUUUGAAGGUUUGUGGGUUCACAGUAAAACCCCAAUUAAUGGGUUACUAUGACAACAUUCAGGCCAUCAGUGUGGUUUGUCUUGUCAGUGUGUUAGAAAUGUCCAAAGUGUUGUUAAAGAAUAAAUCAAUUGUGUUUAUGUGAGUUGUAUAAUAAAUGUAUAAUAAACAAUUUAAUAAACC